UGUAUUGUGCGAGAACAUAAACCCACUAAACGCUGACGGUUGUCCAUGUGGAAGUUCAAAUGAGCGACUGUAAGCUUUCACGGAGUUACACUUCCGCUUCUUACUUGAGAUGUAAUUUACUAGGUUAGAUUUGUUCUGUCUUUACGUGAAAACUUACAGUAAUGAAACAUUAAAGUGUUAUAUUAAUCAUUGAUCCGGACGAAUCUGGAGUGAUUGGAGAUGGAAAGCACAGCAGAAACAGAUCUAGAGCCUUUAAAGCUGAAAUCUUUAAAAACAAACAAGACGUUUGUAAUACCCCACAGUGAACGGUUGGGGAAAUGCAGGAGUGUGAAGGAGUACGAGAAGAUGAAUCGGAUUGGAGAGGGAACAUAUGGAAUCGUGUACCGAGCACGUGAUACAAGGACAAAUGAAAUUGUUGCGCUGAAGAAAGUGCGAAUGGAUAAAGAGAAAGAUGGGAUUCCCAUCAGCAGUUUGAGGGAAAUUAACUUGCUGAUCAGACUGAGACACCCAAACAUUGUAGAGCUGAAAGAGGUGGUGGUGGGAAGCCAUUUAGAGAGCCUCUUUCUGGUGAUGAGUUACUGUGAGCAAGAUCUCGCCAGUCUGCUGGAGAACAUGCAGUCACCUUUCUCUGAAGCUCAGGUGAAGUGUAUAGUUCUUCAGCUGCUUAAAGGACUGGAGUAUUUACAUCACAACUUCAUUCUUCACAGGGAUUUGAAGGUGUCCAAUCUACUGAUGACAGACAAGGGCUGUGUUAAGAUAGCUGACUUUGGUCUGGCGCGUGUUUAUGGUAUCCCUUUACAGCCCAUGACUCCUCGAGUAGUCACUCUGUGGUAUCGUGCACCAGAGCUCCUCCUAGGGACCAAAACUCAGACGACUGCCCUGGACAUGUGGGCCGUUGGCUGCAUCUUUGCUGAGCUUCUUGCCCAUAAGCCUCUUCUACCUGGAGCUUCAGAGAUCCAGCAGGUGGAUUUGAUCGUACAGCUGUUGGGAACGCCCAACGAGAGCAUCUGGCCGGGAUUCUCGCGUCUACCUCUGGUUGGGCAGUACAGUCUGAGGAAGCAGCCCUACAACAACUUAAAGAACAAGUUCACCUGGUUAUCAGAAGCUGGUCUGAGACUGCUCAACCUUCUGUUCAUGUACAACCCACAGCGCAGAGCCACUGCUAAAGAUUGUUUGGAAAGUUCAUACUUUAAGGAAAAGCCCUUGCCGUGUGAACCAGAGCUGAUGCCCACGUUUCCUCACCACAGAAACAAACGGGGUGGUUCUGUGAAUGAAAGCCAGUCCAAAAGAAGCAAAGUAUGAUAUUCUGAAAGCCUGAUGAGUGACAGCGUCAGAUAUCGCAAACGAGCUUCACUUUCCAAAUGGAAAUAUGUGUUCUUAUACUGUAAGGUAUUUAGCAAAUUACAUGUUCAGACUUACAGACACAAGAUACAUUGUAAAUAAUACAAAUAUCCUUGUUAAGCUAGUUAUACUUAAAUUAUGCUGCUGCAUUUUUUUGUACAAAUAUUAAAAAAACUGUUUUAAAUACAA